CCGCUUUACUUUCUCUCACUUUCCCUCUCUCACUGUCUUUCUUACCCCAAAAAAAUAAAACUUAACUUGAUUGAUUUUUGUUUUGUUUAGUUUCAAAUUUUUGCUUACAUGGUUAUAUUAUUCAUGAUUAUGAUCAUAUUAUCGUCUUCAUAAUAAAAAUUAAUUGAUCGUCGUGAUCAAGAAAAUUUCUUCUUCAUUUUGUUGUUGUCGUCGUCAAGUUAAGUUUGUUGUUGUUAUGGACCAAGCUCUAUCUGAGUUAAAUGGAUCUGCCGUGAUAGAUUAUCAUGGCCGAGUUGUUGAAAUUAUUUGUCGAAGAAACCGUGGUACUCAUGCUUUCUCAAUAUUUCAAGGCACCAGUCCUCUUGAUUUCUCCUUUACCACUCUCCUUUUAGAAAUGUCUAUAGUUCUUAUUUUCAGUCAAAUUAUGAGAUUCGCUCUGAAGCCUCUCAAACAACCUAAAGUCAUCUGCGAUAUUAUUGCAGGCAUAAUCCUUGGACCAUCGGUCCUAGGACAUAAUGAGAACUUUGCGAAGAAUGUGAUUCCAGAUAACUCGCGAUUUGUAAUACAAAAUAUCGGGAUCAUGGGAUUCAUGUUUUUCAUGUUUGUAACGGCGGUGAAAACGGACCUAGGUGUGAUUACUAAGGCCGGAAAGAAACAUUGGGUGAUUGCAAUAUCCGGGUUGAUAGUACCCCUAAUUUGCAUAGGGGUAGUAAUAGCAUGUAUACGAGGAUACAUGGACCCACAACUCCGAAGGGAUGUUUCUAUAGGAGGUAUAGUAUCGGCUGUUAUUAUCACAUCAUUUCCAGUUAUUUACUCCAUUCUAAGAGACAUGCAACUUUUAAGCUCAGACAUUGGACGCAUUGCUUUAACAACGGCUCUCAUUAGUGACCUUAUUGGUAUAGUGGUGAUUAUUAUAUUUGAAGCCCUUAAGGUAGGAGAAGGGAAAAAAGUUAACACGAUUUAUUACAUGUUAACAGUAGCUGGGGUUGGUACCUUAAUAUUUGGUGGUGUACCACUAGUAAUGGAAUGGAUUAACCGGCAAACUCCUGAAGGUAAACCCGUGGAUCAAAAAUAUAUUACUACUACUUUACUCGCCGUUUUUGUAGUUGCUUUCUUCUCCGACUUUAUUGGGGCUGCAAUUGGAAAUGGCCCUCUUUGGCUUGGUUUAGCUAUACCAAAUGGACCCCCUAUCGGGGCAACUAUUGUAAAUAAGAGUGAGGUUUUUAUGAAUGAUAUUCUUAUGCCUUUUGCAUAUGCUACUAUUGGGCUCAAGACAAAUGUGUUUGCAAUGACCGGUUGUUGGUCUUGCUUAACUCCACUCUUCGCUAUGGCUGUUAUGGGCUAUGUAUCCAAGCUUAUUUCAGUUUCCAUGUCGGCCCGAUGGAUGGACAUGUCGUAUAGAGAUUCUCUUGCUAUGGGCUUCAUGCUUAGCCUUAGAGGUCAAACCGAGUUUCUUCUAUAUCUUCAUUGGAUUGAUUUAAAGAUCGUAAACACGCCAUCUUUCUCAUUGAUGGUAAUUUUGACAAUCAUAAUGACUAGCAUAUCCACCCCUAUACUUGAUUACCUUUAUGACCCUACAAGACCAUAUAUGAUCAAUAAAAAAAGAACCAUACAACACACAGUACAAGAUUCCGAACUACGAAUCCUAGCCUGCAUUUACGACCAAGAAAGUGUGGCUAGCCUAUUUAGCCUGUUGGAAUUUGCUAAUCCAACUUGUAAAGAUCGUUUUAUAGUUUUUGCUCUCUACCUUAUCGAACUCGUAGGGAGAGCUGCACCAGUAUUCAUCGACCAUACGAAGCAAAGUGAUGAUUAUUACGACAACAACAACGAAGCUGUUCACAACGCAAUCAAGCUCUACGAAGAGGUUCGUACAGACUCAAUUACUAUGAACUUUUUUACAAGUGUUACCCCUCAACGGACCAUGUACCAAGACAUUUGUGAAAUUGCCUUAUUGAACAAGGUAGGAUUCAUUAUUUUACCCUUCCAUAAAAAAUGUAUUGAAGAUGGGAAUGAUUUUUCAACCGCCAUACUUAGGCAAGGAGUUCAAUCUGCUAAUGCUAACACAUUAUCUCACGCACCAUGUUCCGUGGGAAUUCUAGCAUGCAAAAAUGCAGCUGCAUGGGGAACACUUCCGGCUCGAACGAGCCACCGUGUACAUCGUCAAUUUGCCAUGUUAUUCCUUGGUGGGCCAGAUGCUCGUGAAGCCCUCUCAUUGGCAGCUCGAAUGGUAGAACAUCCUGAUGUGUCAUUGAUCGUUGUUAGGUUCUUGGCAAGUGAAUACAAAGGGGAUAAUGAGUCAGAAAGGAAGUUGGAUGAUGGGGUGGUAACUUGGUUUUGGGUCAAAAAUGAGAUGAAUGACAAAGUAGUGUACAAGGAAGUAGUUGUGAGCAAUGGUUUCGAAACUGUUUCGGCGGUGCAAUCGUUGAACGAUAGCGUUCCAAUAGAUCUUUGGGUCGUCGGGAGGAAAAGUGGAAUUAAUCCAACUUUAUUGGAGGGGUUAUCAGAUUGGAGUGAUAAUCCUGAAUUAGGAUUGAUAGGGGAUUUUUUGGUAUCACUUGACUUUAAUACCUCGGGAUCUGUAUUGGUAGUGCAACAACAAGUCUUAAGAGAUCAACGGGCUAGUCCUUGGGCAUGUUACUAGAUUAGAUUUCUAAUUAGAAUCAUUUUUUUAAUAUAAACUUGUUAGAUUUUUAUUUUUAUCUAUUUUAGAUUUAAUUUUACUUUACUCUUUCCAACUUUUCUCACUUUCAAUUCAUUACUCCUUAAUUAGUUACAUUGCCAAACUUCGUGUGUACAUAAAGUGAAUUUUUUUUUAUAGUAUUAAUAUUA